CUUGUUUUGCAAACAUCAUGGCGUCUCGUUCGAAAAAAUUCGAGGACUUAAACCUUUCAAACGAUGAGGUGAAGAAACUAGGAGAGGCUUUAAAAAAUGAGGAAUUUCGGAAAUUAUUCGCCGAGUAUGCAGAGGAGAUUUCUGAUCCUGAAAACAGGAAACGAUACGAGGCAGAAAUUCAACAACUCGAAAAUGAGAAAGGUAUGGACGUGCAGUUUAUUCAUCCAACCCCUGGACACGUGCUUAAAACAAGCAUCGAUGGCAACAAAAAGGCAUUUAUUAACAUUUGUCAUUCUGAUAAAAUUCAAAAGCCAGUGUCGCAGCCUCAAGUCGAUAGUGAUGGACGGCGUGGCAUUAACUGGCAAAUCCCACAUUCGCAUGUUCCUCCAAGGGACGAUGUUGACAAGUCGAAACAGAAAUGUCGGGUAUUUGACGUUGUUUUCCACCCCGACACCUAUCGCAUGGCUGAUAAUGACAGGUUUAGAAAGCUCGUUGAAGACACUGCAAUUGACGGCAUCGAAAGUCAGUUUGGGUGUAAAGUUGACAGGACCAAUCUCAAAAGAAUGUCCAACAUAAAGUUUAAGGGUACACCAACAGCAUCCAUAAUUCGGUCAAGAACAAAAGAGGGUCCAAAAAUAGGAAAAGACGAUAUUCUAAAUAGCAUGCCUUAUCCUUACAGCGACCAGACUAGUAAAGAGAAGGCUGAAAAAAUGGCUAAAGAUGUCAAGGAAAAAAAGAAAACCUCUAAAACUGUCAAGUUUGAUGAUUCUGAGGAACCUAAAUACACAAUACUGCAUCGCUCUGAUUUGGAUUUACAGGAAUAUAGAAAUUCUCCAGACUCCCGACCAAGUACUAGACCAAAAGAGCUGGAAAUAACGAUAUUCUUGCCUCUAUUGUCAUCAGCUAAAGAAGUUGACCUUGAUGUGUUUGAGCAGAAGCUGACUCUGAAAUCCGAGAACCCAGCAAAAUACAAGCUUGACUUGAAGUUGCCUUACCCAGUUGACGAUGACCAGGGGAGAGCCAAGUUUGACAAAAUGAAAAAAUGUCUUGUAGUAACACUGCCCGUCAUCCCCGAUAAAGUACCCGAGAUGCCACAAUUUGAUGGAGUGACUACAAUAAAUGGUGUCGCUGAUGGUGUGGAGGAUUCUGAAGGCCUUGUUGCACCACUUAUUCAGGAAAUUUCAAGUAACGAAAUCCCUACAGAAAGUUCAGCUGAAACAAACGGUGAUGAACCACCUCCCUUGGAGGAAUUGACGGACACGGUUGUUGAGACUUCCAAUUUGAUUGAAAGUGAAGCAGCAAAGUCGUCGACUGCACAAGCUAAAGUAAUGGACAUUUCAUAUUCAUGUCCUGAGUUUACAUUCAAUCAAGAUCAAGGUGCAGUAACCUACAUUCUUGCUGUCAGAAAUGUGAAAGUUGAAAACAUAUCAAAAUCAUACAGUUCAAAGAACAUGCUGCAUCUAACACUGGUGUCUAUAGGAGACGGAGGGUUUCCUUUGCAUUACAGCUUCUGCGUCAAGUUUGCAGAGGACCACACUUUUGUGCCGGAACACUGCAGCGUUGAUGUCAGCGAUAUGAAUGUUGUAGUCCUGUUGCUGAAAGAGCGCAGCUGUAGAGGCAUCUGGGAUGCCUUCCUUGCCGGGUCGUCAAAAGACAAUUUACAGGAGUACCUGUUCAUGACGGAGUCCAACCUUCAGAGGGAAUUGGCAGAACUGGAGGCAGAGGCUGCGCUCCAGAAGCAGGAUCAACAUGCAGCGAUGCAGGACGCGCCAGUGAUUCAAGUCACAGACAUGACGCAGAAACGCCUCCAAAUAAACAUCAAGAAGUCUGGAUCUACAGAGGAGGCAGAGGAUGGGGAUAUUGAAGAGGUUCCUUCCUCGGCUGAGAUCCAGGUCGUCCAUGAAAAGGAACCACCCAACCUUCACAGCAUUCUCAAAAAUCGGUCCAUGUCGGAAUCAAGCGAGUGUGAUGGCUAUGGUAGUAGCAACAGCAGUGGUAGUCCCACUAGUCCUCGCGACGAACCUUUCGGCCUCCGGAGAUCGGUAUCCUUCAACGAACGAGUGGACAAGACUACCUUCAAACCCGGGACAGCUGUCACUUCUAUGACAUCUACUUUGAAGAAUAAAAGGAAACGCAACAGGAAGCGUGAGGAGAAACGACAGUUGAGGUUGAGGAACAACAGUGGAGGGUCAGAAGGAAGUAGUGGAGAUGAUCUUGAUCACCGUAGUAGCACUGGCGAGUCACAUAGUGAGAACGACGAGGAGGGUGACGAAUCUAUAGCACCGCCUAUCGAUGAAAAGAUUGAGGAGUUGGAGGAAUCUAUAGUCCCGCCGAACAGUGAGACAGAGAAAUGUAGAGCUCCAGUGGUCAGUUCAAUGCCUGAGGAGAAACCCAGUAGGGAAGCACAACUUGUCCAAAACAUCAAGGAAAAGUUGUUGAGAGUGGAGGAGGCAGGUGUAAAAGACGAGGAUAGUGAUGAUGACGGAGAGAACAUUGAGGGUGGGGUUAGUUCUAGGACUAACACAGAGCAACACAAAGUUGUAGAUGUGAUAGAACGGGAGGGAGUCAAUGAUAAUCAUGAACGGACUAAAAGUGCAGACAACAAGAAAGUUCAGGGUGUAUGUGUUCAGGAAGACGUGUUGAGUGUGAGUGGGGAUAAGGAACAACAGCAGCAGGCAGCAAAUCAGGGGGGACCAACUCAUCAGGCAGCUACUAGUCAAAAGGACCCGGCGGAUGUGACCAUCUCUCCAGGAGAUGUGAUAACACGGGCAGGUGUCCAGGACCUCCUGGGGACGGAGCAAUCUGUGAUAAAAGUGACGGGGGAGGAGAGAGGCAGUGGGGACGACUCGGGCGUGGAGAGCAACACAGAGGGAGGUGGGGAGUCCAGUCCAGCCGACAAUCAGGUGGAGACAAUCCUCAGCUGGAAGGAUCCACCCUCCAGUGAACACGCCACAAAGUGCUCAUUCGAGUUCUCAAAUGCAGUCAUGUUUGAUCUCGACGUUGACUGAUGUUAAAAUACAGGGUUCAUUAUAAUGUUACUGUUUACAGUUUCAAUGUCUUGCAGUGUUAUUUUGGUGUCAAAUGGGCAUACAAUGAAACCCACAGGCCUGUAAACAGUAUUGAAUGAUGUAUAUGUACAGGGAUCAACCGUUUGUAAAAAGUAUCUGAUCCCAGUUCCCUGAUCUAUGUUCAAAGGACAUGUAAAAAGUAUCUGAUCCAGUUCCCUGAUCUAUGUUCAAAGGACAUGUGUAUAUAAAGUCUGUGUUACAUGGUUGAGGUUCAGAUGUGUUUGAAAAAUUUAUGAAGCAAAAUUUUAACUGGUCUCAUAUAUAUAUAUCCCAAGUCUGAUGUUUUUUUGUUGGAAUAGAGGAUGAAAGUAUUGUUAGAUUUUUGGUUCUUUGAACUUUUUUGUGUUUACUUUCAGCCUAAAUUUAAGGUUUAACUCCAGUAUAUAUUAAUUUUAUAUAAAGAAACCAAUUUUGUAGGGCUAAGGUUAAUUUUAUAUUCCAUAAUUGGUACUUCAAAUAUUUUUAAAUUCCAGAGACAUUUGAAUAUGUAGACAUUUUUGUAUUGCAGAAAUACUUGUGCAGAUCUAGAGCUGUGGAUAAAAAGAGUACUACAUGUAUUAUCAAGCAGUGUCAUUUAUAAUAUUAAACAGUGUCAUUUAUGUAGUCUUACUGAAAAGUCAUAAAAUUCAAAAUAUAUUUUGAAAUUUCGAAUAUUUUAGAUUCAACUAGAUUUUUUGGACUUGCACUGUGCUACCAUAUUUAUAAACUAAUGGAGGUUAUUUUUUGAUAUAUUUUCUACUAUUUUCAUAGAAUAUUUUUCUAUUGGUUUUGUUUUAACACCCUAGGGUGUUGUGCUUUCUUUUUGGAAAACAGGCCCCGGUUUCCUUGAGAACCUUUUUUGGGUAAUGGUUGGGAGGGUUGCGGAUGGAGAACAGAGUUCAAACUGACAGUUUCCCAAAUAUCAAAUUCUGUCACUGAUAAUAUAAGUUAUCUGAGUUCCUUACAUCAACAAGUUUUCUGUUAACAAUAUUCGUGAUUGCAUGUGAAAAAGUUUAAUGUUCAGAAAGUUGUUGCUAAUACAUAUUCUACUUAUAUAGAAAUUGAAAUUAGAAGAAAAAAAUGUGGAGAUUCUGAGUGAAAGAAUGAAAUCCUGAAGUUGAUUGUAAGGUAUUACAAGUUGAUUGUUUGAUUUAUCUGUAAGAUAUGUAUUUUAAUGUAAUCCCAAAAUCCAAGGAAUUAGAUUUAAAAUCGACAUCAUACCUAUGAGGUUUAAUUUGUAAGUCUCUUAUAAAGGAAUCUAUAUUAUAUUCUGUUUCAUUGUUUGUUGAGGACUUAAGUCAUCUAUGAUGGUAAUGAAAAUAUAGCCAUGUAAAAAGAGGUUUAACAUGUGUACAUGUACAUGUACUUGCAUUUAAAAUGCAAUUUCUGAUUACAGUCGAGCCAUAUAAAAGAAAGCAACCUAUAAACCUAUAAUUAUAUAACUGUUUAUCAUACUGCAUGGUUCUUCUGUAAGUACCAGACAUAGGAACACUGUGUCAUGAACAUUCAAGCUACUGUUGAUCAAGUAGAAUGAAUAUUGGAGUUGGGGGAGUGGGGUGGUGAGUUUGUUUUGUGCGAAUGUAUAAAAGACCAGUUAUCAGAAUAUUCAGUUGAUCUCAAUAUAAAUAUACCAAGUGAAGCAAUCAGUAAUGUGCAAUCAGUAGCAUUACAACUGUAGCUUCCAUAUACAGCUUAAAGCUAUAUGCUACCCUCCCUUCCUAGAGAUAUUGACCUCUUUUACAAGAGAGUUCCACAUGUACACUAAAAGAAAAAAGAGUUGUUUUAUGUUUUUUUGUGAAUGGUUAUUUUGACAUAAUUAGUUGGUGACAUGUACACAUGUACCAGAACAGAGACAUUGACAACACUCGGAAAAUGAUUAAUUAUCGAACCUUAUUUAACAUUUUAAAGGGAGACAACUUCAACAAAAGAAUUUGAUAAAAAGUGAUAACUCUAACAAAAGUAAUGGGUAGAGAAAAUAAUGUGUAAAGUAGCAUUUACCCUUAAGCUUAAUAUAUCUUUCAGUUUCAGUACAUAUAAAGUGUGUUUGUCAUUGUAGCAGUUGUUCAAUCGUUGAAAAGAUUGAUGAUGGCUAUUGUAACAGUUUAAACGGCAAAGAUAAGUAGAUAAAUGAUGUAUUAUAAAAAGAUGUUGUUGUUAGAUCAAUUUUGGCCCUGUACAAUGUAUUGUUGUUGGCCAGGAGGAAUUUUUGGUUAAAUAAGGUACCACUUUUGAAGUGAAGGUGAGUGCACGUGGUUCCCAGAAGAACAGCCAUCCUUCCCUGUUAUCAUGAAAUCUCGGAUACAAAUGUAUAUAAUGAGUAUAUUAGUACUGUUUUGUUGUAAUGGUAAUACCCUAGUACCGUACUGUUUAGUGAUUGGUCGAUAUGAUCUGUAGUCAGUAGUUGUAACAUCCCAAUCAGGACCAUGAACAGAGUUACGUUUACCUCAAUACCUUGACAAGUGUUAACAUUUUGCAGCUCAUUUGUACCAAGUUUUUGAUAUUGUUAUAAGAAGGAUCUUCAAUUCAUAUCAAUUUCAUUUGAAAAUGUAUAUGUGUAUACAAACAGCAACAUUUGCAUAAUAAUUUUCAAAUGAAUUUAAAUGGAAAUUCAUUCAUGAAGUGCCCUGUACUGUUAUACACUUCCAUAAAAUACAAUUUGUUAAAACAUUGGUUUAUGUUACACACAACUUCGGGCAUGCAGCAACUGUUAGCCUUUGUUAGCCUUUGUUCUAUAUUCACUGGUCCCCCUUGUAGGAGGGAGCAAACUCAUCAUAGUGUCAAAAUGUGUUGCUUUCUAACAGUUGGUAAGAUCCGAUAGGAGAGGGCAAAUUUAACAUUCAUGGGAAUAUAGUUUGGAAAGCAGGUCCGAUAGAGGGCAAAUUUAACAUUCAUGGGAAUAUAGUUUGGAAAGCAGGUCCUAUUGGAGAGGGCAAAUUUAACAUACAUGGGAAUAUAGUUUGAAAAGCAGAUCCGACAGGAAAGGGCAAAUUUAACAUUCAUGGUAAUAUAGUUUGGAAAGCAGGUCCGAUUGGAGAGGGCAAAUUUAACAUACAUGGGAAUAUAGUUUGAAAAGCAGAUCCGACAGGAGAGGGCAAAUUUAACAUUCAUGGGAAUAUAGUUUGAAAAGUGGGUCUGAUACGAGAGGGCAGAUUUAACAUACAUGGGAAUAUAGUUUGAAAAGCAGAAUGGAACAACUUCUAGAUGAAAAUAUUGUAGUAUGCUACUAACAGUACCUGUAGACACUGUUCAGUUCCAUGAUGUUAUUGAGAUGACAAAUUAAAAUUUGCUGUCAGGGUUCCAAAUCAAUUUUACCUCAAGGCAGUCACAAAAAAAUGUCAUAAAAUAGAAAGCAUGUUGUCUGGUACAUUUAUUUACCUUGACUCCAAUCUCUAUGGAGGAAAUAUUUUGUCAAAAUGAUGUUUGUUACAAUUAUUAAUAUUAAUUUAAUAAUAUACUGAAACAAUGGCAUGCAUAUGUAUCUUGGACAGUCAAGUCUCGUGCAGAACUCGAUUCCUUGUCUAAUUAUAAACUGGACACAAGAACAAUCAAGUCUCAUAGCAGAACUCGAUGCUGUCUAGUAAACUAGAUUGAGCAGAAAUCCAUUUUUCCAAGGCAAUUGAAAACGUUAUUUGUAAAUAAGUAUUCAUAAUUUCACUAUUAUGCACACAGGGGCCCGAUAAUUAAUAACAUUAUGUAUGUAUGGAACUAUCCUACUAUGAAGUGAAUAUCACGAGGUGUUUUAGGGGUUUAAACCACACUGAAAUACCAACUUCUAAUGAGGAUGUUUGUAGAUUGGCGGUGACAUUUUAACCAGUGAUGAUCUCAAUUCCGAUAAAAUGAAGUCAGGUCUAAAUCUGCAACCGUGUUUGAUUAUCGAGCACCUGUGCGUACUAUAAGGUAAUCUGCUGUAUAUUCUGAAUGUCACUCAAGAAAAAUAACCAUUACAGAAUAAAAGUUCACUAGUUUAAUAUUGACAAUACCAGCUUAAAGAGCUUAACCAACAACUACCUGUAAUCUGAAACCUGAAAAAAGGUAUUGUAUGAUUAUAUAUAAACCAAAAGGGGUGAUGCUAUAUUCGUGUUCUGAUGAAAUUUGACUGUCCAUGGCUACAAAAACUUUUUUUUUAUAAAUAAGCCUUUUUGUUAAAAAUUAAACAGCAUGGACGA